AUGCUUCACCUCAAAGCGUCCGCUCUUGCAGCUCUCGCGGCUCUCUGUUGCGCCCGCGUCGAAGCUGUGCCAGUGGGUGGAUCGCUUUUGAGAAAGUUGGUGAGUGUCGGCGCUACUCAUCCACUCUUGCGCGCGCUUACAUCGCAAACGCCACGCAGGGCCUUGGCGAUGGUGCGCUGCCAAAGAAGGAAGUGCACCCACUGAAUUACGCGCAUCCUCGCGACGAUGUGAAUCACGUGUACGGACAUCCUUAUCAAGAGGCCAACUUUCACGAAAUGAAGCCUGCCUUGCACAAAGAUGGCUACAUCCAAGGCAGCGCCCAGACUGGCGCAGUCGCAGCCUUUUUCGCCAUGCCUGGUGCUCACUGGAAAGCUGUGCCUGGAGGCAAGAUGCUUCAGACGCAUGGCAAAGGAGCAGGCACGGAGAUCAAGUACCAACCCACGGAUCACUUUCACGACGUCUCUAGUCAUGGCCGCGUGGUCGGAUCGUGGAAGGGCGUACACCCGCAGUACCACGGCAUCUACGACAAGAAUUGGACGCCGGUGCACCGCAUUGGACCAGACAAGAGGCCACGUGCCGCCCAGGUAGAGUCUAUCCUGAUGACCCUCAAGACGAGCUCCAAGAGUCAGAGGUACAUGCCUCCUCCCUCGACGAGCCAUUCGUGA